AAUCGUUCUAAUAAUCGUUAUACAAGGGAGUGGCGUCUCACGGCACGGGGUACUAUUUUCAGCACAACACCAAACCUGGUCAACUGCGCUAUGUGGGUGCUGCUACCUAACGGGCAAAACGGGAAGCACCCGGCAGCUGAAAGAAAGCGGAAUUAUGAAUUACGCUCGGUUUCUGACAGCAGUCAGUGGAGCCAGAAAGCCCUCCCCAAUCAGGAUGCUGAUGAAGCUGAGCUGCAGCAGCGCUCCCCUCCCUCCCUGAUCUCCCUGGCGGGUGGAGCCCCGAAUCCCAACACCUUCCCCUUCCAGUCGGCUUCCAUCCAACUAAAGAAUGGCCAAACACUCAACUUUGAUGAGGUGGUGAUGAAAAGGGCCCUGCAGUACUCUGCCUCUAAUGGAAUCCCCGAGCUGCUGACGUGGAUGAAGAACCUGCAGAAGAACCUCCACAGCCCGCCGUCUGCAGACUACGCUCCUGAGAAGGGACAGAUGGACAUGUGUGUGACGACGGGGAGUCAGGAGGGACUCUGUAAGGUGUUUGAGAUGCUGGUGAAUCCCGGGGACAAUGUUCUUUUGGAUGCGCCCACGUAUUCAGGCACGCUUGCUGCUCUCCAGCCUCUUGGGUGUAACAUAAUAAACGUUCCCAGCGAUCAGCACGGCAUCAUCCCCACGGCUCUGAAAACGGUUCUGUCUCGUUGGGACCCAUCAGAGGUCCACAAACCCGGCAGCAGCGUUCCCAGGAUCCUCUACACCAUUCCUAACGGGGGAAACCCCACCGGAGCCUCCAUGACAGCAGAGAGGAAGAAGGACGUCUACGAGCUGGCCCGACUGUACGACAUGCUCAUCAUCGAGGACGACCCCUACUACUUUCUGCAGUUUGAUAAGCCAUGGGCUCCAACGUUCCUCUCUAUGGACGUUGAUGGGAGGAUCAUCAGGACGGACUCCUUCUCUAAGAUCCUGUCAUCAGGCCUGAGGAUAGGCUUCGUGACCGGCCCAAAACCUCUAGUGGACCGGAUCGUUCUGCACAUCCAGGCCUCCACGAUGCACACCAGCACUUUCACACAACUCAUGGUAUCUCACUUGCUGCACGACUGGGGACAAGAGGGAUUUCUCCAGCACAUAGACAGGGUGAUAGAAUUUUACAAAAGGCAGCGUGAUGCUAUGGUAUGUUCUGCAGAAAAGUGGCUCAAAGAUCUGGCAGAGUGGCACCCUCCAUCAGCGGGCAUGUUCCUGUGGAUGAAACUGAAGGGCGUAGCUGACACCCAGCAGCUCAUCAUGGAGAAAGCUUUGGAGAAAGAGGUGCUGCUGGUUCCCGGAGGCGUUUUCAUGAUCAACAGCGGCGAGCCGUGUCCCUACGUCAGGGCAGCCUUUUCCUUGUCCACACCUGAGCAGAUCGAUGAGGCUUUCAGAAGACUGGCUCUACUCAUCAGAGAAGCUUUGUGAUGACUUGGCGAGGUCUUCUUUUUGAAUUAUACAUUUUUUAUUUUAAGGGUUUUAACCAAAAAUGCAUUUUUUUUAGUAUUCGGGUGUUCAUGUGAAUGUAUACCUUUUGACAAUGAACCAAAAACAGAUCUUGCUGCUCUACUUAAACAGAUGUUUUAUCUAAUUAAUGUCUAAAUAAGUAAAAGCAAUCAUGUUUUUUUUACUUUGGGUUUAUAAAAUGUAUUUCAAGAUUCUACUCAAAUAGAUUUUCUGUAAUUUUUAUUUUGAGCUCCUCAUUAUUAGAUUAUAUUAUUAUUGAAGAUAUUCAAAAUAAAUAUUAUUUUUUUCGUAUUUGAUUUCAGGAGUUCUGUUCCCCAACUUUUGGGAAUCUCACAUUUAGUACGGAUUAGCUACACAGACAUGCCUGCCACAAACAAGAUAAAUACAAACAAUACUCCGUGUAUUAGCACUUUACUGGUUGAGGUUAUCAAAUCACUGCAGCACAGAUACACGGAGUUAUGUAUCUACAUCAGAAAGCUCCUGUUCAUUAUUCUGUCUUUUAUUUAAAUUAUUAGGAGGUUGUGGUAAUUCUCUUUGUUAUUUCAGAUUCCUUUAUUGAGAUGUAAUCAGUGAUGGAAAUGUUUAACAAAAGACUUGUGAGUUUGUUCAAGAGAAAAAUACAGAUUUUUAUUAAAGUAA